AUGCCAAAUAUCGUAAAGUAUGUAGGCUAUGUCAUCAACUAAUCUGCUGUAGGUAAAAAACUAUUAUAAUAAAAUAAGAUGAUUAUUCAUCUGACAUUUAUAUCUUCAGAUUUUUUUGUUGUAUUUAUUUAUAUCAUUACUAGUGAAUCCAAAAUAAAAAAAUUAAAUUAUGAAUCAAGCACCAGUGAUUUAAGUGAAUUCCCCAGUCACAUCCUUUGCUAGUCCAGGUUUCAAAGUAAGAAUAUAAAGAAAUCUUAUUAGGUGUUAAAUUAAAACGAAAAACAAUACGCCUAUCAUUUCGCUAGAGCCUCUUGGGAAGGAGCAAGAAUCUGCUAUUUCCAGAGAUCCUACGAAUCACCAGGCUUGUUUUACAUUUUCCAUAAGAUCUUUUCGACUGAAAAACCAUAAGCUGUGAAAUAGCGUUUAUAAUAGGGCGGAUGGAGUGAAGAAGAAGUUCAAUAGUUAUUUGCAUAUGUUGCAGCUGUAUUCUAAAAUUCUGGCAACUUCAAAAGCUUUGGAGAUUCGAAAUUCAUUCCUGAGAUUAGCUAGGAUAAGUUUGAACAAUUCAUUACAACAUCACCANGUUUUAAAACUUUAUUGAGAAGACCUUACUCGAUGGCAUAUCUAUCAAUAAAACCUAUGUUGGGUUUAAGGACAAGUCUCAAGGUCUGCUCUCGUAUUUGAAUUCCCAAAAUAUCACUGACCACAUAUUCUUGGUUCAACCAAUAGUUUUGGAAGCAAACUAAUUUUAUGAUGAAAUCUAUGAAGUUUAAUCAUAUGAUCAAUUAAUUGCUAAUAGAACUUUUGAUGUCACUGUGCUUCAUACAGGAAGUGUACCUGAUGAAUUAAAAUGCAAGAAAAAUAGAUUGAUGCCAGAAUUAGAUAAUUUAGAUGAGAAGUACCAAUCUUUAUAAUGCUUAUAGGGACAAUUCAAAUGAAAGUGAAACUAGAAUAGAAGAAGAAGUCGACUGUUUUAAGAUAGAAGAAUCAUAAAUCAUUGAAAAAAUUGUACAUCCUAAUUGA